AUGUAUAAUUUUUUUUUUUAUAAAAGUUAGAAUAAACGAAAUCUUGAUUUGAAUAUUAAUUAGUUACUUUCUUUUUUUAACUUUGAUUAUUUAAAUUCAUUUUAUUUUUAAUAAUUUUAAUUUAAAUAUCUACAUUUACUAAGAAAUAUUAAUAGGGAAAAUUUAAUUGAUAAUUAAGGAUUGUCAAACUUAGGAUUUGCUUUAUAGAAAUGCGUUAAUCUCUCAGAUUUCAAAUUAGAUCUAAGCUAGAAUUUAAUUGAUUCAUAAGGUGCAUCCAAUUUAGGUCAUGGUUUAGCAAAAUGCACUAAUCUUUAAACUUUUACUCUUGAUCUAAGUAAGAAUAAAAUUGGUGUAUUUGGUGCAUCUGAUUUAGGUUCAGCUUUAGCAAAGUGUCUUAAUCUGUCAAAUUUGACACUUGAGUUUAGUUGCAACUCUAUAAAUUCUUAGGGUAUACAAGGUUUAUGUUCCUAAUUAGCAAAAUGCGAAUCUCUCUCAAAUUUAACUCUUAAUCUAAGAAAGAAUUUAAUUAAUGAUAAGGGAGUAUCUGAAUUAGGUUUUUAUUUAGCAAAAUGUGCUAAACUCUCAGCUUUGACAUUAUACCUUGAGUAAAAUAAAAUCGGUGAUAAAGGUUCAUAAAAUUUAGGUUCUGCUUUCGAAAAGUUUACUAAUCUCUCAACUUUAAAUUUUUAUAUAAGUGAUAAUAUAAUUAGUCCAUUGGGUGCAUCAGCUUUAUUUUUUGGAUUGGGGAAAUGUUCAAGUCUCUAGAUAUUGAUAUUAGAUCUUGGAAAUUAGACUGGUGCAGUUGGUGCAUCAAAUUUAGGCUUUUCUUUCACAAACCAUGCUAAUCUAUCAAAUUUAAUAAUAUACCUCAGUAAAAAUAAAAUUGAUGACAAGAGUGCAUUAGACUUAUGCUCUGGUUUAUCCAGCUGUGUUAAUCUUUCGAAAUUAACUCUAUAUCUUAACGAUAAUUUAAUCAAUAUUCAAGGAGCAUCAGACAUAGGAUUUAAUUUAGCAAAGUGUUUGCGUCUAAAAAAUUUAACACUUAAUCUAAAUAAUAAUUGCAUUAGUAAUAAGGGAGCAUUAUGUUUAGGUUCAGAGUUAUUUAAGAGCUCUAGACUAUCUAUUUUGAAUGUUGACCUUUAAUUUAAUGGAGUUAAUGAAAAUGGCUUUUAAGAUUUUUGUAAUGCUUUAAUAAAGUGCAAUUAUCUCUCAGUUUUGAAAAUGUAUGAAGAUACUUUUUUUGGAUUUAGGCUUAAUUCUAGAGUUAAAAAAAUGAAGAGAUUAGUAGAAAUCAUAAUUGUUAGAAGAUAUUGA